AUGGAAUCAUAUACCGAUGUGCGUUCAAAAAUUGCAUACUUAGAACCGUUCGUAAUGUCUGGAUGUAUUAAUGAUUGGAAAGCUACUGCAUGGACAUAUCAACGAUUGGCGGAAAUUGUAAAACCUGCGGAAAGAGACGAAUUUUUAAGGAUAAGAUUAGGUCCGAAAGAACAUUUAAGAGGAAAAAUUAUAUUCGAAAAUGAAUCAAAAAUGGCAUACCUCUCCAGUCUGGAACAAUUCUUUAAAUGGUUUAAUGGUGAAGCAACAUUGAUGACAGAUGAUCACAAGAUAGUAGAUAGAGCAGAUCAUUGGGGAUAUUUCGAUUAUAAUUAUGUUUUCGAUAUUAUGGAUCCGGAAAAUAUCAGCGAUAUCAAUUGGCGACACCUUGGGUUAGAUGCUGAUCCUGCUGAUUCAACCAUUUGGAUUGGGACACCAGGUGCUCACACGCCGUGUCAUUAUGAUUCAUAUGGUUAUAACGUGCAUGCUCAACUUUCCGGAUCAAAACGAUGGAUUCUGUUUGAGCCAAAUGAAAACAUGAAACCGGUUCGAAUCCCAUAUGAGGAAUCCACUGUUUUCAGUAGUUUGGACGUAAUUGGUGCUGAUAGUUCAUUGCAAGGCAAAAAGAUAAGAAUGGUUACAUUGAGAAGGGGUGAUGUGAUAUUUGUGCCGCCUGGAUGGUGGCAUUGCGUUCAGUGUGUCAGUGUUAAUGAAAAUGAAAAAGAUUUGAAUAAUAUCAGUGUCUCGGUAAAUACAUGGAUACCGCUUGUUGAUUAUGACCGAAUUCCUCGUUUACAAGAAGCCGCUGUAUCUACCAUGGUGGCCAUUCUUAUUCGAUCCGGUUUAAUAACUUCGAAACAAAUUUGUUUAUCAGAAUCACUGGGAUGCUAUGACGAUUCCUUGUGUGAUUUCGAGAAAUUAUUGAAGGAAAUGAAAAAUAAGUUUUGUUCACUGAAUUCCGCGCUGAACAGGAAAAAGGACCUUUGAAAAUCGUGGAUUCAUCAGAUGACCCGAUGUAUCGCGCCAAUUUUACUGCUUCAUCAUCAAGUAUCAAC